CAUUUGGUAGAAAUUAAAGCAGUUGCUAUGGUAUCCCACUAAAAUAUAACUUAUCUGUAUAACACUUUCUACCAAACCGGUUUUGAUGACACUGUGUUCUAUUGUGUACCUUUUCUGGCGAUCCGCUCCGCUUUACAACGUCGAGAACACUGUCAAACACUGUGUACGGUAUUCCGUUGUUGGAAAAGCGCGCUGUGUUCCUUCAACUCUGUUGGCAGCUUGGCAGAUGUUUAAUGGCGACCGCUAGUGACGGGUCGCCUGCAUGACCUGUCAUCCACGAACUAUUUACCGUAGAACCUUAGGACAUUUGUUUACGUAAAUAUGACGGGCAUAUUACCAUCGUACCAACGCUUUGUUAACGGAGUCCCAGUGCCGUCCAUAUCUCGGCGGUCGUUCCGCCUUCGGGAGAAAUAUUUGAUUGUUUCUGUACUUUUGACAUUUGGAAUCGUGUGGCUAGGAGCGCUGUUCUAUUUGCCGGAAUUCAAAAGUUCCACGAGUGUGAACGACAGUGUGUAUAAUGUGUACAAGCGUAUUCAGAAAGCGGGGCCGGAGCUGCUGAUGCCGCCUCCGCUGGCGCAGAAUGAGUUGGGAGACUUUCCUGCGGCUGCUCACCACGGGGAGUCGGUGGACGGGGUGGAUCCUCACGUGGCCGAGGACAGGAACCGUCUGCGUGCUAAGAUAGAGGAGGACAUGGGCAUGAAAGUGCUGGAGAGACCUCAGUUUGAGGCUGUGCCAUCAGCCUCCUCAUCUAAAGGCACAAGUAAGAGGCCGGUGGAUGCUCUUGAGGAGCCCGCUGCCGGCAAUAAUGCUGCCAGCAAGAAUGUGUCCCCGUCGGAGCCUAAACUGGAAGGCUCUGAGAACCAGUAUGCAGUUGUGGCGCUGAGUUCAAACGCUGAUCCGGACAUCAAGCAUAAACUAGGAGUUGUUAAAGAGAUGAUGCGACAUGCGUGGAAUAACUACAAGCUAUACGCGUGGGGCAAAAACGAGCUGAAGCCGAUCUCCAAACGCGCCCACCUCUCCAGCGUGUUUGGGAACGGCGAGCUGGGCGCCACCAUCGUCGACGGACUCGACACGCUGUACCUCAUGGGGCUGCGGGACGAGUUCAGAGAGGGCCGCGAGUGGGUUGCGGAACAUCUACAUAUUGGAGAAGUCGAUGCCGAGUUAUCGGUGUUCGAGACGAACAUCCGGUUCGUCGGCGGUCUGUUGUCCUGCUACUCACUAACUGGCGACAGCAUGUUCAAGGACAAGGCUGUAGAGGUUGCUGAUGCGCUGUUGCCAGCUUUCGAGACCCCUACCGGCCUGCCGUAUGCCCUCAUCAAUCCCUCCACUAAGGCGAGCCGGCAGUACCACUGGGCGGGACCCAACAGCAUUCUGUCUGAGAUCGGCACCCUCGAUCUUGAGUUCAAGUAUUUGAGCGACAUUACGGGGAAAGAUGUGUACAGAAAAAAGGUGGAGCGCAUCCGAGACGUGCUGAACAACAUCGAGAAGCCGAGCGGACUGUACCCUAACUUCAUCAACCCUCGCACCGGACAGUGGGGACAGAGGCACAUGUCCCUCGGGGCGCUCGGCGACUCGUUCUACGAGUACCUCCUGAAGGCGUGGCUGAUGUCCGGACAGACGGACGAGCAGGCACGCGCCAUGUUCGACGAAGCCAUGCCUGCUGCCUUGGACAAGAUGUUGCGGGUAUCGCCUUCUGGGCUCUCGUAUCUCGCUGAGAUGAAGUAUGGAAGGAUAUUGGAAGAGAAGAUGGAUCAUUUGUCGUGCUUUGCAGGCGGCAUGUUCGGGCUGGCUUCCACGACGUUAGAGAACACGUUAUCGGAACGGUACAUGGACGUGGCCAAGCAGCUGACCCACACCUGCCACGAGAGCUACGCGCGCUCCGAGACCAAACUAGGCCCAGAGGCCUUCAGAUUUUCAGGCGCAGUUGAAGCUAGAGCGCAAAAGAGCAACGAGAAAGUAUACUUACUACGGCCGGAGACCUUCGAGAGCUACUUCAUAAUGUGGCGCCUCACCAAAGACCAGAAAUACCGGGAUUGGGGCUGGGAGGCGGUGCAGGCGUUGGAGAAGCACUGCCGUGUAGAAGGCGGGUACACGGGUCUGGUUAACGUGUACCACAGCAAGCCGCAGGGCGACGACGUGCAACAGAGCUUCUUCCUCGCCGAGACGCUCAAGUAUCUGUACCUGCUGUUUGCUGAUGAUUCCCUGGUACCCCUGGAAGAGUGGGUGUUCAACACGGAGGCGCACCCGCUGCCCGUGCGGAACAAGAACCCGCUCUACCGUCCCGCUCACACCAGCGAGCCCAGCAUAGACAACCAACUCUAA